UAAAGGACAAACAUUUCCCAAGAAGCUUCGGCCGUGCACUCUCCAGCAGAAGGCUCACGGGAGGAGUAGUUGUAAAGGACCCUCCUCCUCCUCCUCCUCCUCCUCAGUGUGGCCACAUUUCAAUCACAGACGGAUCAUAAAGCACGCAACACGCACCGAUCCGCCGCUCCGGUAAUUGCUCCCGUGACUCUUAACAGGUUUGGGCUAAUCUGCAAACAACAACAACAACAACAACAACAACAACGUGGACACACUAACGGAGACGCAGACAUGGGAAAAGAUGCAAGACCCAACUGGGACAACCCCAUGCAGUUCGUGCUGGCGUGCGUAUCGUACGCGGUGGGUCUGGGGAACGUGUGGAGGUUCCCGUACCUCUGUCAGAUGCACGGCGGAGGAGGAUUCCUGAUCCCGUACAUGAUCAUGCUGGUUCUGGAGGGGAUCCCUUUAUUCUACCUGGAGCUUGCCAUCGGUCAGAAGAUGAGUCUGGGCAGCAUCGGGGCGUGGAGUGCCAUCAGCCCAUAUUUAGGAGGAUUGGGUCUUGCUAGUGUUAUGACCUCUCUGUAUCUGUGUCUCUAUUACAACAUCAUCAACGCAUGGAGCUUCUGGUACCUCUUUCAUUCAUUUCAAUCCGUGUUGCCGUGGGCGGAGUGUCCACUCAAUGCUAACCUGACAGGACCUGUGGAGGAGUGUGAGCGGGCCACGCCCACUCAGUAUUUCUUCUACAGAGAAACUCUUGGUAUUUCUUCUUCUAUUGAGGAGAACGGAGGAGUUCAUAUGGGCCAGGCUCUCUGCUUCCUGCUGUCCUGGAUCAUUACGUACCUGUUCAUCGUCCGAGGAGUCAAGUCCACUGGAAAGGUGGUGUACUUCACAGCUACAUUUCCAUACUUGGUCCUCUUCGUCUACCUGAUCAGAGGUGUCACUCUUCACGGAGCCAUCAAUGGUAUCGUUUACAUGUUUACACCAAAGAUGGAGCAGCUCGCCAACCCGACCACAUGGAUCAACGCGGCCACUCAGAUCUUUUUCUCGCUGGGCCUGGGUUUCGGGUCCCUCAUAGCUUUCGCCAGCUACAACGAGUACAACAACAACUUUGAGCAGCAGGCCAUCGUCGUCUCCUUCAUCAACAGCGGGACCUCCAUCUUCGCCAGCAUCGUCACCUUCUCCAUCUACGGCUUCAAGGCCACCGUCAACUACGAGAACUGUCUGGAGAGCACUCGUGUUCUGCUGCUGAACGCCUUCAGCCUGUCAGAGGACUCCAUCAACAUGGAAAAUGUCUUCGAGUGGCUCGAGAGGCUGAACUCGACGUACCCGCAGCAGUUUGCUGAACUCGGUCUCCCAGAUGUCCCCUGUGACCUGAACAAGGAGCUGGACACGGCGGUAGAGGGGACCGGUCUGGCCUUCAUAGUUUACAGUGAGGCCAUUAAAAACAUGCCUCUGCCUCAGCUGUGGUCCGUGCUCUACUUCUCAAUGCUCCUGCUGCUGGGCAUGGGAAGCAUGUUGGGUAACGUCACCGCCAUCAUCACCCCGCUACGAGACUUCAAGGUCUUCUCCCACAUUAGCAAUGAGUUGUUCAACGGUUUAGUGUGUCUGUUCUGUCUGCUGCUCGGCUUCGGCUUCACCACACCAUCAGGAAACUACUGGUUCACCAUGUUCAACGACUACGGAGCAACUUUCUCUCUGCUCUUCAUCGUCCUCGUUGAGGUCAUCACCGUCAGUUACAUCUAUGGAAUUAGAAGGUUUGAAAAGGACAUAGAGGACAUGCUGGGUCAUCGUCCUAACUGGUACUGGAAGAUCAUGUGGGGCGGAGUAAGUCCUGUCCUCCUCAUCGCCCUCUUCAUCUUCUACAUCAUCAACUACAUCCAGGGAGGAACCCCCACCUAUCAAGCAUGGAACAAAGACAAGGGUCAGUCGGAGGUGAUGGAGUACCCGGUGUUUGGUCAGCUCUUCAUCGGACUGCUGCUGGCGUCAUCGGUGUGCUGUGUUCCCCUCACAGCUCUGUAUGUGUACUGCAGGAAGAGGAGACAUGGGAGCCAUCAUAAGAGGCAGCGUUCUAUCAGCACGGUAUCUCCUUAAUGACACAGAGCCACCUGUGAACAUCACCUGCCUUCAUAGACUCCUCCCCCUCCAACUGAGCUCAGAAACACAACAUUUUUUAUCAUGGAUCGUAUGGAGGACACGAUAUGAAUGGUCAUUUUGUCCUUUACAUUUUAUACUUCUUUUAAAAAAUAA